AUGGUUGGCGAGAGCCAGCAUGGGCACCAGUUUUGUAAUUCCUUUCUCCUCAUCGAAGAACUCGACAGGGACCUUGGUAAAAACUUCUGUUGGUUCACUCUCUGUAUCCUCUUCUUCUUCUCUACAAAGGAAAACACAGCAGACCUAGGAACAAAGCCUCUCAGCAACAAAAGAGUGAAGUUUCUCCUGAACAUGAUCGGCAUGUGCAACAGCGAAGGAAGAGUUGGAGAGCAAGAGCGAGAGGAAGAAGAAAAGGCACAAGUGGUGAGAAGACUCGAGAAGAUCAUGAAGAACAAAAGCAGCAUGUUGUUUGCACUUUCGAGUUUGUUUGGAAAGACUGAGGCAGCCUACGUACCUUUCGCCGCAGCUCAAGAAGUAGCAAGCCCACAAGAAGUCCCAAGCAGUCCUGGAAGCAUGUCGCUUCUGGAAGUCCUGGUGACGCUCGCCAUGGUGUGCAUGGUGAACUACGACGUGGACUCCUUCGACGAGGCAAAGAAAGAAGUGACAGAGAGAGCAGAGAAGUUGAGGAAGGUUGAGGAAAGCCUGGAGAAGGAAAAGGAGGAGUUCGGAAACCAAAAGACAGAGUUUGAGGAGACAGUGAAAAGGUUUUUGAAGAAGCAGAAGGAGGUGAAGGAAAAGGAAGACAAAGUUACAGAAAGAGAAGAGAAGUUAGAGAAAGACCAAGAGACCCUCCAAGAGCAAGCCAAGGUCUUAAGCGAGAAGGAGACAGCCCUUGAAGAAGCUGAGGAGAAUGUCAAAGCAAAGGAAGCAGAGGUUGAAAAGAAGAAGAAAGAGGCAGAGAAGAGAGAGAGAAAAGCACAGGAAAGAACCGCCGGCUACGACCACGAGACAGAAGAGUACGCCAAGAAGUACGUGGACGACGCAAAGAAGGACCUGGAGAGAGAGCUUAAAGUACUAAAGCAAGAAGAGAAAGUAAGGAACCAGAAGCUCGACGACCUCCAGUACGACUACAAGAGCCUCAAGGACGACUACCAGUACUUCAAAGGUUACUCACAGGAAGUGGAUGCACUUCUACUUGCAGCUAAGGACAAGAUCGUGAAGUACAAGAAGAAGGUCAAAAGCCUCAAGGAAACCAUAGGUGCAGCCCUGUCUGGAAGCGAAGGUGAAGAAGAGACAGAAGAAGCGUACAAGAGCAAAGCAGAAGAAGAGAAAGAGAGGAAAGAAGCGCAAGCAAAAGAGGAAGAGAAGAAGAAAGGAAAAAGGCCAAAGCAGGUAGAGACAGAAGACCAAGAAGAGAAGCCGUCAAGCAACCAAGGAGACGAAGCUACCGUCGACCCCAACGACAUAGCUGAGUUCACGCAGCUUGGCUACGUGUGGGAGUUCAACAAGAAGACGCAAGAGUACCGCGCGAAGUGCGAGGACAAGAAAGGAAGCACGAGAAUCAAGAACGCUCCGGUGAAAGGCCGCCUCCUUUGGAACAAGGUGACGCAGUGCUACAGAAGACACAACAUGUGGUUUACAGACGGAAAGGAAUUGGAUAAAUUCCUCGAGACCAAGGAGAACGAGAAGAUCGAGGAAGAGGUGCAGCGACGCAUCGGCAUGAAGGGCAAGAGCGACAACACAGGAACCAAGGGAAAAGGCCCUUCCUGGGACGACGGACACAACGACGGUUGGUGGUACAACGACCAGUGGAACAACGAGAACUGGAACACCAACGACGACGGCAGCAACUGGUACGAGAACGGGAACCCGAACAACAAAGGCUACUGGCAAUCGCCAGAAGAGUGGGCGCAGCAGAACCAGUGGGACCAGUGGACACCCAAAGGAAAGGGUAAAGGCAAGAAGUCCAAGAACUGGGACACUGACGCAGCAGGUGACUUGCAGCAACAUCUGGAUGAGACGUUGGCCAGGAUUGAAAGCGACGUGACUUGCGUUGUGGUUCGGAGUAUCCGGGACUGCAACUUUUCCGUGAGCAUUGCUGAUCCUGCACAGCCCGACUGCCCGCUCAUCUCCGUCUCAGAGGGAUUUUGCGAGCUGACGGGCUAUGACCGCGAGACCAUUCUUGGGCAGAAUUGCCGUUUUUUGAACGACGGUUGUGACAUCCAGCCCUCCGACCGGCAAGGUCUUCGUGUUUCUGCAAAGACCGGCAAGCACUUCUGCGGAGUGCUGAAGAAUCUCAAGGCAGAUGGUACGCCAUUUCUGAACCUGCUGGACAUGCGUGGCCUGUCGGUCGGCAGAACGAAAGAUGGUGAGGAGCGCUUCUUCAUCGUCGGCAUUCAGGCAGACGUGAGCGAACAGGGAUCCGAGGAGUUACCUCUGGAGCACAAGACCCAGAUGCAGUACAUCGCCGCACUCGUCCGUGAUGAGCUGUCUUCCGGCCUGCAGCAAGAAGCCAUCGUGACCGCAAGCGCUGGAGACGAUGUUUCAAGCCCUUGCCCUGAGCGCUCCAACUCUCCACAUGCUGGUAGAAAGAGUAAAAUUCAGCUGCAAUGUCUUUGUGAUAGCAUACUGUGGCCUCCAAGGUGA